AUGGGUGACUGUAGCGAAUUCCAGUACCUUCGAGCAGGAAUUUUGCCUGUAGACUUCGUUAGGCAUGCUUGCCUCAGUGAAAGAGAGGAAUCGAUCUUCUCACCGAAAUGCGCCAUGCAUUCAACUUCUAACCAAAAUUCUACAGCCCGAGCAAUGAUCAGUGGAUAUGAGAUUCACUGUCCCUACCGAUAUCGUGAUACCGACCGCCCAACCCAGAAAUAUGAAGAUCGACUCGGCCAAAACUUGGCCCUGAUUUUCACUGGAGAUACGAAUACGGUAGUGGCGUCUAUUGGAAUCCGCGUGAUGUCCUGA